AUGACUGCUCAAGCCCAGCUUGAAGCCCUUGACCAGAAGACAGCUCGAAGUGAGAUUGAGUCGCGGUCGGAAAGAAACUUCUUCAAGAUGACUGGACAGAUACCGCCUACCCCGACUACCGGUGAGUUGAACGAGGACGACGUCUAUGUCAGGACAGAGGAUCUACGAUCACAGUGUCGGGCUACCAACACAGAGACGGAAGGAGAUCAAGACGAGGCAACCAAGAGUCCCAAAAAGAAGCUUUUCCAAAACAUCCGCAACCCGUUCUCCAAGUCAUCUAGCUCCAUAGCCCCGCCGCCGAUGCCGUCCAAAGCAGCCCAAGUGUUGGGUACAGCAGCACGACAGCCCCGUGUUGUCCAAGUCCGCCCCAUCAAGCCGGCAGUGCCUAUUCAACCAAGACCUGCAAAGCCAUCUCGCUCGGAAACCGUAAAGUCACUGCCUACCAAGGUCAUCAACCCUGAUAGCUACGCUCAUCGCCACCGCUAUGGUCCGUCACGACGCAGCCCUACGACCGGACAAGCCUCGCCUGAUAGAUAUGGUCUCAAGAUGCAAUCAUCUGAUGCUGAGAAUUAUUCUCCAAGGUCUCCGUUUGUUGUGUCGCCGAACUCCAUAAUUCCACCGACACCACCUGCCAAGGACACUCCUCCAAACCAGAGGCCUGCGAGUCCGCUUCGUAGGGUAGCUCCCGCUCAAGACCUUCGUCAAAGCUACGACCAAAAAGGUGAAAAGAGCCCGCAGUUGCACUUCCCAAACUUCGACUUGUCACCAUCGCCAUUCUUGGACCCCUUCCCUAAGAACAGUGGCCGUAGUCCAGCAAAAUUUCGCCCUUACGACGCAGAGGAUUAUACAAAGUUGAUAGUGGGUGAGGCGUUGACAUGGCCUUACCCUGAGCGGAUUGAUUCGCGGACCAGGCUUGAAGGCAAGUGCAGUGCUCCGCUGGAAGGCACUAGUCAGAAGGCAUCGCUCCUUCCUCGUCCAGACCGCAGUACUGAGGACCACCAAAGCAGCAUUUACAAGCAGAACAGUUACAGCCCACUCAAGCCUCGCUUCUACUCCCCUAAAGACAUUCCUGCCCACGGGUUUCUGGAGGGUGAGACACCGUCCAAAAAUACCGACGCUAGCCGCUUCGUAUACUCACUCCCUUCUGAGUUGAAGUCACAACCGCACCUACGCAAGGUCUCCACGAGUGGCUCCAUCAGAAUGGUCUUCCAGGGUGACCCAAGGGAUAUUGAUCCAAACUCACCAACUGCACGAGAACUUUACCAGAACCAACAGCGUACUAGGGCAGAGGGUAUACAGCCUGACACUGGAAUCACGACACGCGUCAUGCAAGAGCUUCGCAUCAACGAGCGUUGUGACCCUACGCCACACAACAAUAGCCAUGGCGGUCAUUCCCACCCAGAUCAGUCGUGUUCACGGCUCACUGACAUGUUGGAUAACGUCAGUCCUAUUGGAAGCGAGUCACACGGCGACUUCCGGCCUCACUGUCUUAGUGCUGUUCCUAGCCCACUGCACAAAGCACCAGUGCUAGUCCCUACAGCCCGGCCGUUGGUGCCUCCUAAUGUUAACUUUGUGCCCUUUCCACCACCUCUUUCGCCCAAGAGCAUUGAUGACCAUUUCUUCAUGACGAAUGAGCACCUGGAUGUGGUGGGCAAGACCACCUGGGAUCUUCUCGAAAUGUUUAGCAAGCAGCACAAGAACACGUCUAAGGAGAGGCAUGAAGAAUUGGUGGCGUUGUUCAACAAACAUUAUGAUGACUUCAAGUCCCAAUUGAAUAAGCUUGAAGAAAAUGUCAUUCGUAUACACGAGUACAUGAGUCGCUUCGACAGUAUCACGACCAACCACGACAACGUCUACGCUACCCUCGAUCUGCUCAAGAAUAACAUCAACGAGGGCAUUCCCGAUACUCUCACGGAUCAAGGCAAAAAGAUGGCGAGCAUGGAAUCAGAAAUCAAGGAGCUGAAGCAGAUGUUGCAGGUCAUGCAAAAGUCGUCAGAGGAGAAGGCGGGUCAGCUCUGUAUUGCCAGCGGACAGAGCAGUACUCCAAACAAGAGUUACCCUCAAGGCUUUGCUGGAAAUCAUGGUCCUGUCUCUGACGCGGGCAAUGUGGUCGAUAACCGCGGCAUGAUGUCGCCUCCAGAUGUUGCCAACGAUGGUCGUGUUGGAUACCAGGGUGGACAGUGGGCUGCGCGUGCCGGUUAUCUUGGGCGCAAUAGCAAAGAAGAUCGCCCUUCAUACCCAACGAACCCUUACCACUUUGCCAGUGGAGGUCACUUUAACGCGGGAUACUCUGGCAGCAGCUACUCUCCUUUCGGUUACUCUCCUUCCUCAUCUGACCAACAGUACCCGUUUAACUCCAACCACGGACAGACGAAGUGA